CAGCCCAGCCAGUCCACAGCCAACAAAAAAGACGAGUGCACAAACUAUCAACAGCGCUACUUAAUACAAUUAUGGGCAGACAAGCAGGAUAUGAUCAACAGCAAAGAUUCAAGAGAUGCUUGGCGUGAGAUUGCCAAGGCCAUCAAUAACAAGUUCAAAACAAACAAGACAGUGGACAAGUGUUUACGAAAAAUAAAAUACUUAAUUGAUGCCUAUAAAGAAAAAAAAGAAUGGAACAGAAAUCAGACCGGUGGUAACUUACAAAAAUCUAUUUUCUAUGAUGAAAUUGAUGCCGUUCUGGGUUGCCGCAAUGCCGUGACCCUGAAACACGUGAAAGAAGCAGGGGAUACUUCAUCGGCCAUAUCUUCAGCAGAUAGCGACAGCCCCUUAAACCCAUCUGCUGAGUCCAGCCCCACAGAA